AUGCUACCUGCUCUCGUCCUAUUGUGCUUAAUAACUCGUGAAAAUUUGGCGUUCUCAACAAAACGAAUUUCCCACACGCUUACUGCGCCGAGUGUUGGACAGAUCGAGUUCGGAAAAACGUCAACCAGGAAAACGACACAGACGAACGUUAGCGAUAACGUUCUUGUACACAAUUUCGUCCGCAAAGAGGCAUUAGCAAAGGCUGGCAACAGAGGAAUCAAAGAAAAAAAAGGAAACUCGACACGAAAAGGUACUAUAGGAAGUGGAAAGAACGCACCCAUUCGUUCUAUCAUACCGUUCACAGAGGCAACAUUCUCUGUUCAAUUCAAUGAUGCAAGGACGGAGUCGACAAAUUCGAUGGACAAUGCUAAUUCAAAAAAGCAGACAGAUUUCCUUUUUUCACCCAUAACGAGUUAUAAAAACCCUCUAGCUAGAUUUAAAUUGAAAGGAGGUGACACGGGAUCGACCACGAUACAUCCGUACCAUACCUGGCAAUACGUGUUUCAAAAUCCACGCAUUUUCAGAACGGUCGAGAGCAUUUCUGAAAACGAUAAAGCCAAAGAUAAACGUUAUACCGACGUAAUUCCUCUGCAGAAACAGUUGCCUGGCGCUUCAUUUAAUCAGUACAGCUAUUUAAGCCCGAUAUAUAAAAAGGACUCCGAUAAUCCCGUAUUCGGCGAUCAGGCAUUCUUCUCGUUCAUCCUGAACGAUUAUUUCGAUAGAAGCAUCGACGACGAUCCAGUCCUGUUCAAGGAUCAGCAUUGGGGUAAAGAAUUUGACAUAGAGCCGACUGGGAAACGAAUUAGGCGGUUGGAGACGGGCGACUACAGUAAAUCGAUCACAGCCGAACCGCAGGCUGUCAACUACGAUGCUAAAUUCGCAAAGGAGAAUUUAUAUAAAAGAAUGAACGAAGCCGGUGCUCAGAAAGAUAAUUAUUCGGAAAACUCAAACGGGUUCAAGAGUUUAGUUGAAACGUUCGCACAGAAGUUCGGUUCGAGUGACGAUGAACUGGAGACGCAGUCCAAGAUCAAAAGGGAGGACGCGGAUCUAAAUUUUAUAACAAAACAUGCGAAUGAACUUCAGUCUAGUGAUGAAUUGUUGGACGAACUUGUUGCCGCCUGUAAUGAUGGCAAGCUCACCGACGAAGACACUACUUCCGUGUCGAAAAUUAGUGGUUUCGAGCAGUUUUUAUAUAAUUAUGAAAGUUCAUCCGCGAGUUCUGUAUCCGUUGAUUUGACCGAAUACGCCUCUAGUAACAUAAGUCGAUUAAGAUAUUUGGCCAAAAGCGCCGCCCUGGUCAAUAACGCAGAUUACAUUGAUACAUCUGAAUAUGCUAUA